AGUUCUAAAUUGGAUGCGAUUAUAUUCAUACGAAUUGCCGGUCUUGUAGAUCUCUGAGCUUUGCACCGAUAGGAAGUAUGGAAACAGCAAUUGCAGGCACCAGUGGUGACGAAGAAGGUCUUUGGUGGAGCCACACGACGAACUGGAAGAUCGCUAGCGGUUCUCUUGACGAUUCCGUCAUCGUUGAAUCUUCAGAUGCUUCGCUAGAUCCAUCCAUCGCCGAUUCCGCAAUUAAAUCUCCUCUUUUACUAAGUCCUCUUUCCCCCGAUUCUGAUCCAUGCGAAAUCACUGUAAAUUUCCCACACAAGUAUGAAGUAAGGCAAAUCUAUGUCAGAAGCACUGCACGCAUCUAUGAGAUUUAUUGUGCACCGGAUACACAAAGUGAUAAUGAAUACCUUUGUACAGUCCGCUGCAGCGUUGUUGCCAGAGAUGAAGAAGCCCUCAAUCCAACCAAUAAUGACAUUGCUGGUGGCCAUCAGAAAGAGACAGGAGUUGAAGAGAGCAACAAUGUAUCCAGUGAUGAUGGCUGGGUUGAAGUGAAAGUCUCGGAUUCUCCCUCUGAAUACAAGGAAAAAACUGCUCUCUUGAAAGAUAAUGAUGUUUUGAUAUCUGAUGUUAAGGAUUUCUAUGAAGCCACUGCAGAGAUUUCUGAUCCAGAAGCAUGCACAUCCCUUACUCUUCGUUUGCUAUCUGUUCAAGGCAAAGGGUGCAUCUCUGUUGAGGAAAUUUAUGUAUUUGCUGAUCCUGUGGUAUUAGAUGAUACAGAAGUUCAAGCAGUCCAGAAUAGUAACUCAGCUGGAAAUUCUGUUAUGGCCAUGCUUUUACCUACAAUUUUGCAACUAUCUAAAACAGGUAUUAGUCAACUACAAGAUAAGCAGAAUGGUUCUGAUAACAUUGAAAGAGAGGAAAGGCAUGAGGUAAAACGUUCAGAUGGUAAUGCAACCGUGUCCCAACUGCCACAGGAGCAAAGAUCUGAUUCUUCCGUCAAUACUGGUUUCUCACAUGGUAACAUUGAAAGAGUGUUGGAACAACUUGUUUCUAGAGUUAACAGAAUAGAGGAUAUUUGCUUGAGAUUUGAAGAAAAUAUGCUAAAACCUAUUAAUAGAAUGGAGACAAGGCUUCAAAAGGUAGAGCAGCAGCUGGAAAGCCUUGCCAAAGGUGCCGAGAAUUCUCAGUUUCGUUCUUGCAUUAGAAUUUCUGCUCCAGAUUUUUCAUGCGAUGGAGGAUCCAAUUCAAGCUCUUUUUAUAACGAUGGAAGUGAAAAUGGAGUGUUGCAGUCUGAAAAUAUCGCUUUAUCUAAUCCUCCCCCUGAAGUGCCUGUUUCAGCUAAUCUUCUCAGAAGUCUCGUCAUUUCUGCUCCUGAAUUCUCAUGUGCCGAUGAGGAGGAAGAUGAAAAUUCUUCAGAACUAGCUGAGGAUUUACAAUAUGAUGGGAAAGAAAAUAAAGGUCUUGAAAUAUCAAAGGAUUCUUCUACAUAUGUUGUGGAGAAAGACGACAAUUCCUUGAAACAACAGUCGAUGUCAAUAGACGAUGCUUUAGCUGCUGCCCUUUCUGGAUUCUUUUCUACAACAGUUGUUGAUGCUCCACCUCAAACCAAUUCAAUUAAAGAUCCAGAACUUACCAUCAUAAAAGAAAAUGAAGAUGAUAAAAAUGUAGUUUUACCCGGUGUUCAAAGUAAUAAACCUUUAGAUCCAUCCAUCUUCUCUUCUGAAUAUGAGGCAAGUAAUAGCUUUUCAGUUUCUGCCAUAACUGAUGACGAAGCGCAAGAUCCAAUAAUUGAAAUUCAGCAUGGUUCAGAUUCUCCACAAGAAGUUGAUUCUGCUGCAAGAUCCGCAUAUAAUAUCACAGAAGACAUAAUGAAUGUCCACAAAUCGACCUGCAAAGUGGAUUUCGAUCUACCCAUUCUAGAUGUGAAGUUUAUUCCCCAAGAACAUCGUGUGAAUAAUUCCUUUCUUGAAGAAUUUAUUGCUGAUAUGCCAGGAUGUUCUGUGGCGUCUGACCAGCAAAAGAAUGUUAACGAUGAAAUUGAAGUGGAACUUCAUAGUUAUGGGGGCCUUUUGACCGAUUCAAUUGACAUACCAUUGGAAGAUGAGAGCAGAAGCCCAAAUUUAUCUUCAGAGGAGAAGCAUGAAGAGUUUGCGAGUUUGAUAUAAAUCAGUGAAAUCAAACAAUUUUCUGUCCAGGUAAUUUAUUGAUAUUUUUCUUCAUUGUAAUGAUUUGUUUUUUGUUAGAUAAGUUAUCUUUACUUACAAGAAUAGUUUAAUGCAUUUUUUCUAAAAAUCUUUAUAGUUGGUGCAUCA